UUGACAACACAACACUUACCUGGGGUGCCGGAGAGAGGCGAGACAUUCACCGUCUUUCCUCCCUUUUAAAAGUCACAUUUACUGCCUCUCCUUGAAGAACAGUGGGAUAAAGAGGAAUAACUUCACCUUUCUCUUUUUAUCAAGGGGUCAUUCCGAGAGUUAAGGUCGAAAAGAAGUAAGGAGGAGGUGAAAUAUGGGCGGCGGUGACAAGUAUUCGGUUUUGCUUCCCACUUACAAUGAGAGGGAGAACCUGCCCAUUAUUACGUGGCUGCUGUGCAAGUAUUUCAAGGAAAGCAAUAUUAACUACGAGAUUAUUGUGAUUGAUGAUGGGUCCCCGGAUGGCACACUAGAAGUUGCAAAGAAGUUGCAGGAGAUAUAUGGAGAAGACAGAAUUGUUCUCCGGCCAAGAGCGAAGAAGCUAGGUCUUGGGACAGCAUAUAUCCAUGGCAUAAAACAUGCUACAGGAAACUAUGUCAUCAUCAUGGAUGCUGACUUAUCACACCACCCCAAGUUCAUCCCCGAGUUCAUCAAGAAGCAGAAGGAGGGCAACUAUGACCUUGUAUCAGGCACGCGGUAUGUGGGAAAUGGAGGUGUAUAUGGAUGGGACCUAAAGCGCAAGAUUAUCAGCCGUGGAGCCAACUACGUUACACAGGUCUUCCUCAGGCCUGGAGCGUCAGACCUGACUGGAUCUUUCAGGCUCUAUCGCAAGGAUGUGCUGCAGAAGCUGGUGGAGUCUUGUGUGAGCAAGGGCUAUGUCUUCCAAAUGGAGCUAAUUAUUCGGGCAAGGCAAUUUGGCUUCACUAUUGGAGAGGUUCCUAUCAGCUUUGUUGACCGCGUGUAUGGUGAGAGUAAGCUUGGAGGAUCAGAAAUUAUUGGAUUUGCCAAAGGACUCCUCUACCUCUUUGCCACAACCUAAGCAGGAUAGUAACGGAUAGUAAAGUGAAUUUUCAUGAGAAGAGUAUGUCUGAGGGAAUAGGAGGAUGAAAGUGUUUUUUCAUUUUCUCCAUUCUUUUGGAGAUAUAUUUAUGUGUGAGUGUAGAUGUAGAGGUAUAUGUGAUGUGUGAUUUUUCAAAUGAAAUUAUUUUGAUACAGAGUUUAGCAUAGAUCUGGUGCCUUUUGAACUUGAUGUAUAUUUCUGUUACCGACAGACAAGGUGUGUCUUUUUACAUUUUUAUAGCGAAGUAUUAUGGCUAUAUGUAAAAAAAAAAAAAAAAUACAUUCCAAUAUGAAUACUCCUUAAGAUAUCUAUUACUGAUGAUAUCCAGGUUAUGAAAUAUACUUAGCAGCUACAUGUUGAUGUCACUUGUUUUAGUGUUGAAUCGUACUUGUUAUAAAUAAAUAUUAAAUGCAU